AUGCUGGUGCUGCUGAUCCCUAUUUGGCUGGCGGCUGGUGCCUCUGGGUGCGGAGAGCCAGUCUACGCUCCCAACGCAAGAGUGGUGAACGGUGAAGACGCCAACCCCUUCAGUUGGCCCUGGCAGAUCUCCCUGCAGUACGAGAAGGAUGGCGCAUUCCACCACACCUGCGGGGGCAGUCUCAUUGCCCCCAGUUGGGUCAUGACGGCUGCACACUGCAUCUCCGACUCCCGCCACUACGAGGUGGUGCUGGGAGAAUACGACAUGGACCAGGCGGAGGGCUCAGAGCAGCGCAUUCCCGUGAACACUGACGACAUCUUUGUGCACCCGCGCUGGCUGUCCUUCUGCACGGCCUGCGGCAAUGACAUCGCCCUGCUGAAGCUGUCCCGCAGCGCGGAGCUGAACGACAAGGUGAAGCUGGCCUGCCUCCCGCCUGCGGGGGAAAUCCUGCCCAACGACUACCCCUGCUACAUCAGCGGCUGGGGACGCCUCUACACUGGCGGCCCCCUCCCCUCCAGACUGCAGCAGGCGGUGCUUCCGGUGGUGGACCACGCCCACUGCACCCAGCCCGACUGGUGGGGAGCCCUGGCCAUCCGAGAGACCAUGGUGUGCGCCGGCGGAGACAUCCGGGCGGGCUGCAAUGGUGAUUCCGGUGGCCCCCUCAACUGCCAGGCGGCAGAUGGAAGGUGGGAGGUCCACGGCAUCGCCAGCUUUGUCUCUGGCCUGGGGUGCAACGCCUUGAAGAAACCCACGGUCUUCACCCGAGUCUCAGCAUUCGAGGACUGGGUGCAGGAAACCAUCGCUAGUCAUUCAUGA